AUGAAUUAUACAUUGGGGAGCAUAACGCAUGUUCAAGCACCAUAUUUACUCGGUUGUACCGUCAACUUCGCAUUUAUACUACCUGGCAUACCUCUCAAUCUUCUCGUUUUGUAUUUGUCAACUCGAAGUGAGGCGUCCAAUGGUGUAGCAAAGGUAAAGUACUCAACAUUGGGAAUGACAUUAUAUAAUUUGUAUGCUUGUUUGGGCUUAUCAACGCUCUAUUCAUGGUACUUGAUCUCAUUGUGGCACAACAUCCCCAUGUCGGUACUUGCGUGUAGUCUGAUACGACGAAUUCUGGGAUCCACGUACUGCUCAAGCCAUUUGGCGCUUUUGGUAGUGGCGUUAGAUCGGUACAUGCUGAUUGUUCGAAAUAAAAGUUUCGGAGGAUUUUACAUCACAGUUCUUUUCGGUAGCGUUAUCGUUUACUGUCACGGUGUCGUCAAUACUUUACAAUUCGUUUUCCGCACAAUUGGUAUCGAAGAUAUUUGUGGACCUACGGCAAGAAUGCCUUUUAUUGGAUCANUUACGGAAAAAAGAGUUAAUCAAUUGGUGAUAAAGAAAGUGAAAGAAAUCAAGUACUGGCAGAGAGGAAUGUAUGGUCUACUGGCCCAAACAAUAAUACCGUGUUUCUCUGUUCUACCUGCUUCGGUUGCUGAAGGGAUGUUCUUCGCUGACUCAACAAUCAAAUUUCCCACAGUAUUUUGGGUGUCUAUCAAUGGUCUGGCAUGCAUGUAUUUCUCACUGAAUCCAAUUGUAACGAUCAUCUCAGUGCGUGAAUACUUUAAAGCCGUGAAACGAAUGAUUGGUGUGUCGGGUAAUGAUCUCGUGCCGUUCAGUACUUGGGCGACGCCAGUGGCGCCAAUCACUGGUUUGCAGUCAAAUGUUUCCCGAAGCACCCGUAAUUCCCGUCGAAGCACGUUGCAUGUGAGUGGAAAUAUAGUCGGUAUUGGUUUUACUUAA